AUGCAAGAAAAAAACAGAGGAAAUGUAGGGUUAGAGAUUAGCGAUGUUCCUGUGACUCUAGUAUGCAGGGUUAGACAUUUCAAAUUUGAGGAAAUGUGGAUGCAACAUGAGGAGUGUCCCUCUGUAAUUCAAAGCGGAUGGGCUAUUCCUUCGGUUGGUGAACCUAUGAAACAAGUGGGACUGAAAAUCAAGGCUACUAGGAAGAGAUUAAUGGAGUGGGAUGUUGGUCAAUGGCAGACGAGUCCAGAGUUGAUUUCCAAUGCUUUACUUGAUUAUUAUGGAACCAUCUUCCAAGCUAAAGGAACUAAUCAGGAGGCAAUUAAUUUUGUACUUGAUAAGGUCAAUCCGUGUAUUUCAGAUGAUAUGAACAGUUCCCUUAUGGCCGAUUAUUCAGAUGAGGAGAUAAAGAAAGCGGUAUUUCAAAUGCUCCCUCCAAAUUACCUGGUCCGGAUGUAUCGAUCUCCCCUACAAAGUGCAUUUGUUCUGGGCCGUCUAAUAUCAGACAACACUCUGGUAGCUUCUAAAGCAGCACAUUCCAUGCAUAAAUUACACAACCAAAGCGAAGGCUUUUUUCCUCUCAAGCUUGACAUUAGUAAGGCUUAUGACCGCUUAGAAUGGGGCUUUCUUGAAGCUAUGCUAUCGAAGAUGGGAUUUGCUAGAAAAUGGAUUGAUAUUGUGCUCUGUUCUAUUAAAUCUAUUCGUUAUUCUGUUUUAAUGAAUGGAACUCCUACAGUGAUUUAUGAUUAUGUGACUCAGGGUUUAUUAAAAGGUUUGGUGAUGUAUCCAGGAGCACCUGUGAUACACCAUUUUCUUUUUGCUGAUGACAGUUUUCUUUUUUGGGAAGCUUCAGCAGAGGAAUGUGUUCAGUCUUCACUGAUAGCCAUCUUGGGGGUUAAAUGUGUUAAAGAACAUGGUCGAUAUUUGGGUUUACCUCUUCAUGUAGGGAGAUCAAAGACAGCUAUAUUUGCAUAUCUUAAAGAGAGAUUGACUAAGAAACUUGUUAGUUGGCGCACCAAGAUUCUUAGUGCUGCUGGUAAGGAGAUUUUAAUUAAAGCAGUUGCUACUAUUAUCCCUUUGUAUGUUAUGAACUGCUAUAUGUUACCUAAGUCUCUGUCUGAUGACAUGCAUCAACUUUGUGCUCAAUUCUUUUGGGGUGGUUCUGAGGUGCACAGAAAAAUACAUUGCCGGUCUUGGGAUCGAAUGUGUUUAACUAAAGCUGAAGGUGGAAUGGGUUUUAAGAACCUGCAUGCUUAUAAUCUCUCGAUGCUGGCUAAACAAGGUUGGAGGUUACUUUAUAGACCUGCUUCUCUCAUUGCCAGAUCGUACAAGGCUCAUUACUAUAGAGACUGCUCUUUUUUAGAGGCUAACAUGGGAGAGGCUCCCUCUUUUGCAUGGAGAAGCAUUAUGGAUCCACGCCCGGUACUUAGGGCUGGUUUACUUUGUCAGGUUGUGUUAGGUAGGGAUAUAAAUAUUUGGAAUGAUGAUUGGAUUCCUAAUAUUCUCAGUCAUAAUCUUCAUCAGCCUAGCCAUUGCAAUAUUCAUUCUGUCUCUGACCUUAUUCAUUUGGAAAGCAAAACUUGGAAGAGAGAACUUCUUCAAAAUUUAUUUUCCAAGGAGGUUCAGGCAGCUAUAUUAUGCAUUCCUUUGAAUUCUCGUCAUACUCGAGAUCGUUUAACAUGGAAGCUUGAUCGAAAAGGUUUCUUUUCAAUAAAGUCUGCAUAUUGGGUUGCUCGAGAUUUUGUGAUAGGGAGCUCUCUUUCAUCUACCUCUCUUGGGGAUCCAUUUAGCAUGCUAUGGAAAACCUUGUGGAAAGCCAAGGUUCCAGGUAAGAUGCUUGAACAAGCGAUUUCUUUGUCUGAUGAAAACUUUGCUAAGUUAUUGAUGAUAUUAUGGGGUUCGUCAAAAAAUAGAAAAGAGAAGCUUUGGAAUGAUUAUGCUAUUGUUGCUCCUGCUAUUGUCGCUAGUACUAUCGCCUGGUUUGAAGAGUAUAGCCGCAUAAACAAGGCUGCUGGAAAUCAGGCUUAUCAUCGACUUAAAGGCAAUCAACCUUGGCACCCACCUAUAGCAGGGAUGCUAAAAUUGAACAUAGAUGGAUCAUUUCUACAGUUAGCAACGUAUGGAGGUGUGGGAGGUGUCCUGCGGAAUGAAAAUGGUGAAUUCAUCGCUGGAUUUGCUUAUCAUAAAGAGUAUGUCACUUGUGCAAUGCAUGUAGAACUUCUUGCAAUUAAACAUGGGCUGGAAUUGUUGCAAGCCAUGACAGUAAGGAAUGUUAUUGUUCAAAGUGAUUGUCUCUUGGCUUUAAAGGUUAUUUGUGAGGAGGGUGAGAAUUUCACAACUCUAGGCAACUUAGUGGAAGAUAUCAAGGCUCUUCUUCAUGGGUUGCCUUCGAUUGGGAUACAACAUGCUUAUCGAACCUCCAAUAGAGUAGCCCACAGGUUUACAAGUUACGGUUUUGAUGCUAAUACCCAUACUGAAUGGUUCUCAAACGCUCCAGAGUUUGUUCUGGAUGCCCUCAUUUACAAUUGUAAUCAUAUGUUUCAAUAA